AUGAUUAUCCUAUAUCCGAUAGUAUUACUUGUUUGUGCGUUGUAUUACUACGCUACCAAAAAUUACAAUUAUUGGAAAAAAAGAAAUGUGCCAUAUAUCAAGCCUUUACCAUUUUUCGGUAAUUAUGCAGAAUAUAUAUUAUUUAAGAAAACUGGACCACAAGUGGCGCAUGAAAUUUGUGAAAAGUUUCCAAAUGAACCAUACGUUGGAGUAUACUAUGGUACAGAUCCCGCUUUAAUCGUCAAGGAUCCUAAUAUUAUAAAGCUGGUGAUGACUAAAGAUUUUUAUUAUUUUAAUCAACGUGAAAUAUCCGGACAUCUCCAUAAAGAAGUAAUAACACAAAAUAUGUUUUUUUCUGGCGGUGACAGAUGGAAAAUUUUACGUCAAAACAUGACUGCGUUGUUUUCUUCUGCAAAACUUAAAGCCAUGUUCUAUUUAAUUGAAAACUGUGCAACGAAUUUAGAUAAGUUGUUAAACGAAGAAGUGAAAAUGACGACAACCUUAGAAGUAAAGUCACUCCUAGCAAGAUAUACAAUGGACUGUAUAGGAACAUGUGCAUUUGGUGUCCACACCGGUACACUGGAAAGUCAUUCAAAAAUUAACCCUUUUGCAGUAAUUGGAGAUAAGAUAUUUGACUCCUCAAAUUAUGGUGGAUUUAGACUCGUCACUCGCGCAAUGUGGCCUGAUAUUUUCUACUCUUUAGGAUUUCAAUUGUUCCCAGAAAGUAUAAGCAUUUUUUUUAAAACUUUGCUCACGGAUGUAUUCAAAAGUCGUCAGAAUAAAGCGUCAUCACGGAAUGACUUUGUAGAUCUCCUUCUGACUUGGAAAACUAACAAAUACUUAGUUGGAGAUAGUAUGUCAAAUAUAAAAUCAAGCCAAAAUGAUAAAAAAACGACAGAAUUAGAAAUCGAUGAUACAUUACUGAUUGGCCUUUGUACGUUAAUAUUUUCAGCUGGCUAUGAAACAACAUCCUCUACGACGAGCUAUUUAUUAUUUGAAUUAUCAAAAAAUCAAGAAGCUCAGACUAGAGUAAUCGAAGAAGUUGAUGAUUACUUUCGAAGACACGAUGGGAAAAUAGAAUACGAGUGCAUUAACGAGAUGCCCUACCUCCAAGCUUGUAUAGAAGAAACUGAACGACUGUAUCCCGUUUUAGGAACCCUUACUCGGGAAGUUUCAGAAGAAUAUACCUUACCAUCAGGUCUUUGCUUAGAAAAAGGCAUGCGUAUUCAUAUACCAGUAAACUAUCUUCAUUACAACUCAGAAUACUUUCCAAAUCCCGAAGAAUUCCGACCGGAACGCUUCUUUGGUAAUGAAAGGAAAAACGUUAAACAAUUUACCUUUAUGCCCUUUGGAGAGGGACCAAGGAUAUGUAUAGAAUAUAUAUUAUUUAAGAAGACUGGAGCACAAGUGGCGCAAGAAAUUUGUAAAAAGUUUCCAAAUGAACCAUACGUUGGGGUAUACUAUGGUACGGAUCCCGCUUUAAUCGUCAAGGAUCCUAAUAUUAUAAAGCUGGUGAUGACUAAAGAUUUUUAUUAUUUUAAUCAACGUGAAUUAUCCGGACAUGUCCAUAAAGAAAUAAUAACACAAAAUAUGUUCUUUUCUGGUGGCAACAGAUGGAAAAUUUUACGUCAAAACACGACUGCGUUGUUUUCUUCUGCAAAACUUAAAGGCAUGUUCUAUUUAAUUGAAAACUGUGCAACGAGCUUAGAUAAGUUGUUAAACCAAGAAGUGAAAAUGACAAAGACCUUAGAAAUAAAGUCACUUUUAGCAAGAUAUACCAUGGACUGUAUAGGAUCAUGUGCAUUUGGUGUCCACACCGGUACACUGGAAAGUCAUUCAAAAACUAAUCCUUUUUCAAUAAUUGGGGAAAAGAUAUUUGACUCUUCAAAUUAUGGUGGAUUUAGACUCAUCACUCGCACAAUGUGGCCGGAAAUUUUCUACGGUUUACGAUUUCAAUUGUUCCCAGAAAGUAUAAGCACUUUUUUUUUAAGUUUGCUCACUGAUGUAUUCAAAAGUCGUCAGUAUAAAGCAUCAUCACGAAAUGAUUUUGUGGAUCUCAUUCUGACUUGGAAAAAUAAAAAAUACUUAGUUGGAGAUAGCAUGUCGAAUAUGAAAACAAGCCAAAACGAUAAAAAAGUAGUGGAAUUAGAAAUCGAUGAUACAUUAAUGAUAAGUUUUUGUGUAUUAUUUUUCGCAGCUGGCUUUGAAACAACAUCCAUUACGACGAGCCUUUUACUCUUUGAGUUAUCAAAAAAUCAAGAAGCUCAGACUAGAGUAAUCGAAGAAGUUGAUGAAUACUUUCAAAGGCACGAUGGGAAAAUCGAAUUCGAGUGCAUUAACGAGAUGCCCUACCUCCAAGCUUGCAUGGAAGAAUCUGGACGACUCUAUCCUGUUUUAGGAAUCCUUACUCGGGAAGUUUCAGAAGAAUAUACUUUACCAUCAGGUCUUUGCUUAGAAAAAGGCAUGCGUAUUCAUAUACCAGUAAACUAUCUCCAUUACAACUCAGAAUACUUUCCAAAUCCCGAAGAAUUCCGACCAGAACGCUUUUUUGGUAAAGAAAGGAAAAACGUUAAACAAUUUACCUAUAUGCCCUUUGGAGAGGGGCCAAGGAUAUGUAUAGGUCUUCGUUUCUCCAAAAUGCCAAUGAUUGCAGGACUUUUAACAAUAUUCAGGAAGUAUCGAGUCGAAUUAAGCAAUAAUAUGGCCACAAAAGUGACGUUCGAUCCGCGAUCAAUCGUUUCCAACCAACCUUUUGGUGGAAUUCAUUUAAAUUUCAUCCCACGUCAGAUUAAU